UAUCAUUAUCUGCUUAUGCCCUCAGGAAUUGUUUUCUCCAAUGGCCUCACCUGGAAACUGCAGCGACGCAUUGGCGUCACUUCUCUGCGGAAACUUGGCCUGGGGAAGAAAAGCAUUGAGCAUCAGAUAGAAGACAUAGCUCAGACGAUGGUGGAGAUCUUUAGACAAACAAAAGGGCAACCAUUUGACCCUUCAUUUUCAGUACUAAAUGCGGUUUCUAAUGUCAUAUGUGCUUUGAGUUUCGGACAUCAGUUUUCUGCAGAAGAUGAAGAGUUUCAGAAGCUGGUUCAAGCUCUUAAAAUUAUUUUCAAAUUCUUUGGUGACUCUUUUCAUGCGGUGUAUGAUUUGUUCCCACAGUUAAUGAAGUACCUCCCAGGCCCUCACAAGAAAGUCCUGGCUUCUCUGGAUAUUAUCCUUGCAUUUGCAAGGCAGGAAAUAGAGAAACACAAGGAAUCUCACUCUCUGCACGAGCCACAAGAUUUCAUUGAUUACUAUCUUCUUCAGAUGGAGAAGGUAUGCAUUUAUUGUGUUUCAAUACACGGGCAAGAAAUUAUUAUAUUCCUUGCUGUAAAUAAACAGGCAGAGCUACUGAUAAUGUAUUCCUUCAUCUUUGAUUUUUCUUCUUGUUUAUUCAGCCUCCUUUAUGAAUAAGACCAUGUUUUAAAAUGAGAACUAUAUUAUACAUCUGCUCAGUGGGUUCUGUUUGUCAGCCUCUCAUGUUCGCCUGCCACUCCUUUUUCUAAGAAGUUC